CAGAAGAGUUUUGUUUGACAUUGACAUAAUAAUAUUAUUCAUUCACGAACAGUAGUAAAUAAAUAGUUUUUUUUUUUUCACUGGAAAGUAGUUUUGUAGUAAAAUAGAGUAAUGGAAUCACAUCCACUUAAUCUGGCCCAUCAACAACACCGUCGUGCUGAGGCGCACCUGAUAAACAAUAGGUAUGACGAGGCGAUGCAGUGCCAUCACAAUGCUGCUGAACUAUUACUGGACGCUAUGAAGUCCACGACGUCGUCAGUCGCACUUGAAUCUAUCACAUUGCAACACAGUUAUCAUCUCAAACAAAAAGAUCUCAUCAAGAACAAAAAGGAACAAUACGAACGAGUCAAAAAAGCAAUGGACAAUAUCAAAGGUUUGGGGAAAGAUCCCACCUACAAUAUUCAAGCAAAUGAUAGUUCUAAAGUCCAAGUCGCUAUUUAUAGAACAAUAAAUGAAGCAGAUUCUUUGUUAUACACUUUAAUCAAUAGAAAUGCUGAACAAGGCCAAGUGAAAGACGCAGUUAUUAAAACUGAUGUUGUUGAUGGUAAGAAGAAUGAAAAGGGUCAGGAAACUGUUAUAGAGGAGUUGCAAAUACUGAAUCAGAACCUACAUUCUCUUGUGGAACAGUUAGUAAUGCAAGCAGAAGUACUUAAGGAUGAAAACAUGACCUUAAAAGAGAGGGUAAAUUAUUUAGAAAAAGAAAGGGUCAAGUAUUUGAAUCUUCCGUCUACUCAGAAUGAUUUAUUACAAAGGAACUUUUCCAAUAUCAUUAUAGGAAAUGAAGGUGUUCAAAAUGAUUUUAUUCAAAAAAUGCCUACAUCUAAAGAACCUCAGCUGGGCAGACCUAUCAAUGUAGCGGACAGAGCGGCUCUGCCUCAUUUUGACUUGAGUGCACUGAAAGAUUUAUAAUUGAAAUGGACCUGUGAAUAAAUAUCUAUUCAUAAAAAUACACUUAGAUCGUUAAUUUUAUUUGAUUUUGUUAUUAUUGAAAGUAUUUUUUUUUUUGUAUAAUUUUGCUCAUUUAGAAAUUAAAUCAAUACAUGGUGAUUUUAUAAGUCUAUUUAAGUAAAUACAUGUUUGUAGAUCUAUAAAUUGUUUUAUGAUUUCUUAAAACUGCCAUGCUUGAGAUAUAUUUUCAUUUAUUUGUUGCUGUAAAUAGAUAACCAUGACAUUAAACUGUUAGGUCAUCAA